AUGUCCUCAAAGUCUCAGAUGUCGCCAAAGUCUUCAAAGUCUCCAAAGUUACCACGGUUGAAUUCAAGGACACUAAAAUUCUCUCACGGCCUCCUUUCACUGCACUUCUAUCCAAAACACUUUAACGUUCACCAAGUACAACCCUUUGCUCUGUAUUUCGAAGCAGAUGUUAUUAACGCAAUAACCCGCUUUAUCCUAGGCCAAACGAUCUCCCUCAAAGAAUACGACGAUAACAAUCCACUUUCCUCGUCGUUGCAAAGCGAUUCUCAAAACCGCCUCCUGCACAUCGCUUGUUACCCCCCAUUCCACCUCUUGCAUACUGCGUCUCUGGAGAGCCAGAUGUUCCAUUUUUUAUCUGCGUUGUCUGGCCCUUCGAGCGACGUGUUCAUACACUCGAAUGUCGAGCGCAUUGGUACCGAUGUCGACGAUACAGUAACGGAUGCUCAUAUUGAUACCCUAUUAGGCCUUACUCAGGACAACUCUCUAUUGUGGCCUCCCUUAGACCUUUUCGACAAAUACAUGGAGUGGGAAGGAGAAUGGACCGCAAGUUUAGAGGCAUGGUUCAUGAGGCACAUUGCUGCCAUACAAGACAGGGAUUCGCGUGCGUUCGCUACCUGCAGUCAAUGGACAGCGAGACUCUGUCAACGCACAACUUCUUCUUCCAAAGAUACCAGCAGGGUUGUAACCGAGGCUCAAGCGGAAUUGUUGUGCUUCGACAUCGACAAAUUGGAUCCAAAAUCGUUUGCGGCCCUAGAUUAG